UCAAACCGGAAGUUCUGUUCAAAAUAAACUUCAUCUUAAAAUGUCAGAGCCUGAAUUGUUCACGCAGAAAGUAGCUGGUUAGAUAAAUUCAGAUGUGGCCAGUUAGUUACUGUGUCUUCUGCAAGAGCGCACUGGAUAUGUACUGAAUUUGAACUGAAUUGGUGUAUUAGCUGUACUGUGCUAACGCUAGCUAGCUAGCCGGAUUAGAGUCCUGUGAAAAUACACGAGUUAGUUACUUGAUGCUGUUUGCAUGACAUGCUGAUCUUCAUAAUAUGAGCUCUGCAGAUCAUCAGUGUACUCGGUAUUAACGCAAAAAAAGAAGAUAGACUAAGAUUAAGUUGGUUAUAAUUAAAUAAUAAAUAUAAUCCUGAAGGACUUUGACAGCUAGCGGAUUGCUGUGAAGGUAGCCAGGUAUGCUAGCUAGGUCUUUGACAACAUUGACAUGGAGGGCACUGCACAAGCCUUUGGAGAGGACACUUUACUCCACAUUAGUCCCUGGAACAACACUACAGCUGGAGAAAUGUCCAGGUUCUGGGUUCAGGUGCUGUCCACCAGAUGUGCUGUCCUGCAGCACAUCUUCACACACACACUGCAAGAACAUCACAUUUAGUAAUGCCUGGACUUAUGGACUGCGAAAAGGAACCAUGCACAGAUUAGUUUUUAACCCAAAACAUGGCAAGAUACACAAGACAUGGAACAUACACAGAACGUUUCAAUCCACCACUGGGUCCAACAGAUCUAUGCUGAAACAAGCAGGCAUACCUGGCAAAAAGACAAUAAAGGGACCAAGGACCAAACAGCCAUCUAGAGCCAAUCUGCCAGCACCAGAAGAGGAUAUGAUGCAAUGUGUUGCCUAUGCAACUGCUGAGCAGUACCACCUACCUACUCUUUGCCACGACCUAAUAGCUAAUGGCUUUUUUGAAAUAAGAGACUUGCCCAGAGAUGCAUCUAAUGUUCUGGUGAUUGGAACAGAAAUGGUAUCAAAACCAGAUGACACUGCUAUGAUGUUUUUCUUCAGGGAAGGUUCAGUGGUUUUCUGGAAUGUUGACGACAAAACUAUUAAGAAAGUGAUGCGGAUAUUGGAACAGCACGAGAUUCAGCCGUAUGAGGUCGCUUUGGUCCACUGGGAAAAUGAAGAGAUCAAUUACUCCAUAGAAGAGGGAAAUACAAAGCUCCAUCGGGGAAACUUUAUAUUUAAUAGCGACAUGGACUAUGAGCAAGUCCUUCUGGAGAAAUUUGCAUUUUCUAAUGCCCUGUCUCUAUCAGUUAAGCUGGCGAUAUGGGAGAUCUCUCUGGAUAACUUUGUUGAAUCUAUUCAGCCAAUUCCAGAGACCCUAAAGUCUGGGAAGUCAGUCAAAUUAUCCAGGGCAGAGGUCCUGCAGAAAAUAGGAGAACUGUUUGCUCUAAGGCACUGCAUUAACCUCAGUUCAGAUCUUCUCAUCACUCCCGACUUCUACUGGGACAGAGAGGACCUGGAGCAACUGUAUGACAAGACUUGUCAGUUUCUCAGUAUUAACCGCAGAGUGAAGGUUGUGAAUGAAAAGCUGCAGCACUGCACUGAACUGACAGAUCUGAUGAGGAAUCAUCUUGGUGAAAAGCACAGUCUCCGACUGGAGUGGAUGAUCGUAAUCCUGAUCACUAUUGAGGUGAUGUUUGAGCUGGCCCGCGUGGUGUUCUGAAGAGACAGAAGUCUUAGAGGAGGAUGUGACUGCCACAGUGAAAUCAGACACCACCUCCCAAACGUUUCAGUGGUCAUACAGCUUGACUGCAUACUUUUGAACCUCUAAUCAGCUUGCUUGCUUAUGGUACUGUAUUGUGCUGUUAGGUUUUCCUUAGAUAAAUAAAAUGCAAAGCAUAAAUCUUUAAAAAAAAAAAAAAAGGCUUAGUUGUUGGCAAAACAGCAAGAGAAAGGAAAACGUUAUUAUUAUCCUGCUAUUAUAAUUCUGUUUACACAUUUUGAUCAAAGAAACAUUAUUGAAAUAGUAAGCGGUGUGUGUGUGUAUUUUUGUAUUUUUGACCAUUUGUAUUGUAUUGCUGACCAUGAGACUUUCAGCAGGAUAAUGCACCGUGUCCCAAAGCAAAAUUCAUCUCAAACUGGUUUCAUGAACACGAUAAUGAACUCUGUGUUCUCCGAUAACGUUCAGUCAGCAGCUCUGAAUCCGGUAGUAGAUCUUUGGUAUGUGGUAGAAUGAGAUUCACAGCAUGAAAGUGGAGGAAUUGUGUGAUCAUGUGAAUCUCAGUGGAAUGUUUCUAACAUUUCGUGGAAUCCGUGCAAUCCAUUGAGGUUGUUUUUAGAGCAAAUGGAGGCCCUGCCCAGUAUAAAUAUAGUGUUCCUAAUAAAGUGCUCUCUGCUUAUGUCGUUCCUGACAGCAGGGAGCUCACACCCCAUCACACUGCUCACCAGCAAACACAAUCACAAUAUUCUACACACAGAAACCCAACCCUGCCUAUUCUUAUAACAGCCCGAUAAAAUAACUCGUUUAUUCAGUAAAAUGCCAGUUAUGUCGUGUACUGCUAAAAAGGGUUGAAGACAUAUCACUUUAUCUUUAUCCACCAUCUUCAGGAAGCAAGCUUUCUUAUUUACCCAGGUUCCCCAUGUGUCCCUAUGACAAACUCUGUACUCUGUAUCAGUCAAAUAUGACUAAUAGUCAUAGACCUAAUACUGUUCAGAAAAAAAAUUAAAACUAAGAUGCAUAGUCUAGAGCCUCCCAAUGAGAACCCUGUGUCCAAAAUUGUCUUUGGUAAUGAUUCAAUUUGCCAUCAUUGAGAUUUGCUUCCGUCAAGAAUGUCCAUUAAGAGAGUAUAGAGUAGCCUGCUCUGUCAUGCUGACUGUGAUGAAGUGAGUGAUACUGAGCGGAAGAUGAAGAUGGAGAAGUUUGAGUGCCCAACUUGUGUCUGUAAAUUAUUCAGAGGGGACAGUGGUGGGAGAAGAUACAGUACAUAUGCACAGUACUGCAUAGUGCUCGUGGGAAGAGUUCUUGCCAAGCUAAUCAGGCUGCAGGACAUGUCUGUCAAAAUCAAGGGGCAGAAACGUAAACACUGGUGAACAAGCAAAGUGUGGUGUGGCAGAGUAGAGACACUUUUCCUGUCUAGGAUGGAGUGUAUGAGCAUUGCAUUUUGCAGCCCCUCUGAGGUUUGCCCCUCUGUGCAAGAUAAUGUAUGGGCUCAUCGCCAAAAGCAGUUCAAUACUGAAGAAUCUGU